AUGUCUCGUAAAGGCGUUGGGCUUGGGGCCUUUAAUCGCUCGCGCAUAACUUCUGCUCAAUAUGCCUCUCAUGGCAAUAAUCUCCGGACCUCACACUCUACUUCCCUUGAAAACCAGCUCUCCGUCUUUCGUUCCCUGCUCCAGCAGUUUGCUCAGAGCCAUGGAAAAGAGAUAAGGUCGAACCCAAGCUUUCGCGCCGAAUUCGCACGCAUGUGUACUGUACUGGGCAUCGAUCCGCUCACCAGCAGUCACGCUUCUGGGGGUAAGGAGGGAGGUGGCAGCUUCUGGGCGCAGCUCUUAGGCGGCAGCGUAAAUGAUUUCUAUUUUGAACUUGCAGUUCGAGUGGUGGAAGUUUGCAGUGCUACCAGAGAAGAGAAUGGUGGGCUUAUAGGGGCUAAGGAAGUUAGAGAUCGAAUUAUGAGUACCAAGAUUGAUCACAGUGCUGAUAUGACAGAAGAUGACAUCCUCCGCGCAGUAGAAACCCUUAAACCCCUUGGAUCUUCCUACUCGACCGUUCAAGUUGGAAACAAAACCUAUAUUCGCUCAGUGCCUCGAGAACUCAAUAUGGACCAAAGUGCUGUGCUAGAAGCGGCGCAGUUGCUCGGUUACGUCAGUGUAUCCAUGAUUAUGGUCAACCUACGAUGGCCUCGCGCGAGAGCAAUAACUACCAUCAAUGAUUUAACGACUAAUGGCAUGCUUUGGGUUGACAAACAAUCUUCUGAAUGGGAGUACUGGAGCCCGGGAUCCAUGGUACAAAGUGAUGAAGCAGGAGCUAUGUAA